GCCCGGAUGUUUCCGCCCCGACCGGAAAAACAGAAACACCGGACAUCCGGUGGCUCCGCGAAGGCUGUAAUCAGCCGAUUGGGCACAGCUGUGCCUAGUUGAAGAGAUCGCCGAGUAAUUGGAUAACUGGAGUACAAAGAGGAGUAUAAAAAGCGCAGUUAGAUGACAGUUGUGGUCGUUGUUAGUGUGUGCUGAGGAACGGAGCUGUGCUCAUUGUCAGACGUGGUGGCUGUCUGUAUUUCUCUCUCUCUCCCUCUCUCACUGUAGUUGACGGUGGACCUGCUGGAGUAAACGGAAAAUCCGAUGAGUAGAAAGGAACUUUGGUUUAACCAGUACUUUUGAAGGAGUACAGCAGGAAGAAAACUGACCUUGUUGUACAACGUAAACAAAGGCUAUCCGCUGUGAGUAUACUUGUUUGGGGUGGAGUAAACUGCAGAGAUUAACCUGUGUGAUCGUUGGAGUCCUCGAGGAGGAAACGGGCGGCCCUGCCCCUAUAAUAGCGUGGUGGGCGAGCCGCUGGAAGCAUAGAUCCAAAACAGCCACAGCAACGAGACUUUAUUUCGGUCGUGUUUGCCAUCGCCCCUAUUUAGCCCAAGCGCAGUGGAGGACACCGGGCGCUUUUCCUUGUGGUGUUGCACUUAUAGCGUGAGUCAGAGGCGAAAGAGUCCGCCGCCCCCGCGGUCCCUACAAAGGGGCGCCCCUGUCCAGGAUUCGAUCGGCCUACGGGCAGUGGAGAUAGGGCAGCGCUCGACCCGGUGAGGUGGUGUGUGACCUUCGCCCCUCUGCUGACCUACGGAGAAGAAAAAGCCAUACCUAUCCAGAAAGCUGUAUGUAGCAGAGCCGGUGAGAAAUACUUGAAGUCUCAGUAACAGUGUCUUUGUGUCCUAGCGGCCACCUGUGGAGAGAGAGAAGAACGAGAGUGAAUAAUUGAAGAACAGACUGCGAACGUGAUACCUACCCAGAAAGCUGUAUGCAGCGGAGCCGGUGAGAAAUACUCGAAGUCUCAGUAACAGUGUCUUUGUGUCCUAGCGGCCACCUGUGGAGAGAGAGAAGAACGAGAGUGAAUAAGUGAAGAACAGACUGUGAAUGUGAUACCUACCCAGAAAGCUGUAUGCAGCAGAGCCGGUGAGAAAUACUCGAAGUCUCAGUAACAGUGUCUUUGUGUCCUAGCGGCCACCUGUGGAGAGAGAGAAGAACGGGAGUGAAUAAGUGAAGAACAGACUGUGAACGUGAUACCUACCCAGAAAGCUGUAUGCAGCAGAGCCGGUGAGAAGUACUCGAAGUCUCAGUAACAGUGUCUUUGUGUCCUAGCGGCCACCUGUGGAGAGAGAGAAGAACGAGAGUGAAUAAGUGAAGAACAGACUGUGAACGUGAUACCUACCCAGAAAGCUGUAUGCAGCAGAGUCGGUGAGAAAUACUCGAAGUCUCAGUAACAGUGUCUUUGUGUCCUAGCGGCCACCUGUGGAGAGAGAGAAGAACGAGAGUGAAUAAUUGAAGAACAGACUGUGAACGUGAUACCUACCCAGAAAGCUGUAUGCAGCAGAGCCGGUGAGAAAUACUCGAAGUCUCAGUAACAGUGUCUUUGUGUCCUAGUGGCCGCCUGAGGAGAGAAAGGAGGACGAGAGUGAACAAUCGGAGGACAGACGGUGUAACGCGCUACCUACCCCGAGAGCUGUAAGCGGCAGAACCGGUGAGAAGCAUACCAAAUCCACACUAACCGUGUUUCUGUGUCGCAGUGAACACCUGCGGGGGACGUGAAGGCACGUGGGGCGAGGACCCCCUGCCGGACCGAGGAAAGGCUCACGGACAGUGGAAAAUCUCCUACCAGUCACACCUAAAUUGUUCUGCCUCCGGGAAAGAAGAAGGAGGGCGCCACGGUUAACAGGGUCCAGGCCGGAGCCUGACGAUUCCCUCUUUCUCCCGGCUCUGGUGGUUGACAUCCCUGUUGCCCUUGCCCCUGUCUGCCCGUGGCUGCAGUCUCCCUGGAGGGAGGAGAAGAAGCCUAUUAGUUUUAAAUCCCCCUUUCCCCAAUUCCCCAGUUCUUUUAAAUAUUUAAAUUAAAUAAAGCUUGUUUUAAAUUUUACUCACCUGUUUCCGUGUUUGUCUGGUCAUUGGGUUGGCUUUGGGGACCUCCUCGAGGUGGGAGUUGAAAAGGGGCGUGGCUUUAGUCAAGCACAGCCAGCCCCUAGUGGUGACAGAUUUUGGCGUAGUCGGCAGGAUCCCACCUCGAGUUGAGUAACCAAGGUCACCCAAUGACUGACAACGCGGGGCCUGCAGCCCCACCCCGUGCCACGUCCGUUAUCAUGGGCAGCCCAUGGGUCCAGAAGUAUGGAGGAGCAGAGUCGGAGGUACGCCUGACCGAAUGGAGGGCCCAACUGGAGUACUUGGCCGACUUACAGGGCCUUAGCGCCGCCCAGCGGCUCCAGUUUGUGUUGAACUCCCUAGAGGGAGAAGCACGGCGAGAGGUACAAGCCGCCCCCGAAGCAAUUAGAGCCACCGCCCAGACUGUGUUCCAGUUUCUUGCCGAACAAUAUGGUGACCAUACCCCCGUAGCUGUCCUCCGCUCACAGUUUUUUAAUUGUAAGCAAGGCCCCCGACAACCUAUCAGAGCUUUUGCCCUCAGGCUGCGAGAGCAGUUCACUCGCCUGCAAGCCCGACGAGACCAUGGGCUAGGAGACGGAGAGGCUUUGUUACGCGACCAGUUCCUCCUGGGGAUGAAAGAGGGCCCCGUGAGACAAAGUCUGAGGGUCCAGUUUCGGAGGGACCCCGGGCUUACCUUCGAAGAUCUAAAGAAGGAGGCGCUGGCCCUGGAGGGUGAUGAGGUCGAAGUAAGUGAAACCCUGGUAUGUGCAGCUGUAAGUGGAAACACAGCAGCGCCACCUGAACACGCAGAUUGGAAGCAAGCCCUGAGGGUAGAGUUGUUGAAAGAUGUCCGAGAGCAGAUGUCGGAACUAUCUAAGACCCUCUUGGGAGAACUUCGCCAAAGUAGGGCGCGAGAGGAACCGAGGCCGGCACCCCGAGAGCGAGUCUACUCGGAGAGGAGCCGAGAGCCACCGGGACGCCCGAAUCGUUUGAACCGGCCCCGCUUCGAGUGGGACGACCAAGGGCGGCCAAUCUGCAAUCGUUGUGGAGAACCAGGGCAUUAUAGCCGCCAGUGUGGGCCUCGCAGGGCAUCGGAGGGGGGUUUUUAAGACGACCGGCCACAGUGGGUCGUGUGGCCGGGGCCCCUCGAGAAGACCCUGGAAGACGUGAUAAUUCUAGAGACCAGAUGGUUGGGAACAGCCCAAUGGCGGAGGUGAAGGUAUGUGGCAAGACAAUACAGUGCCUAGUAGAUACGGGCUCUCAAGUGACAUUGUUUGCGGAAAGUCUCUCACAGGAAGUAUUCGGGAAGCAGAAGACCCAAGGAGGGGAGGCCCCCUGGCUGACGUUGCGGGGCGCAAACGGCCUAGAGAUCCCUUACAUUGGCUACCGGCUGACGGACUUAGAAGUUCACGGGGUGUUGGUUCCCCAAAAAGGAGUGAUUAUCGUGGAAGACAGGUGUUUGGGUGUCCAUCGAGCCCUAUUAGGUAUGAACGUCCUCUCCGAGUGUUGGGAGGAGUUAUUUCGGGCUAAGCCCGGCCCUAGGAUCUCCCCUGUCGAGAGGCCCCUAUGGGAGCAAGUAGUAGCCGACUGUCGUCGGGUCCAGAUGACCCAGGUCCGCAGGGACCGGGAAGAGGUAGGAAGAGUGAUGUGUCGCUUUGCUCUGUCCAUUCCCCCUAGGAGUGAGGCCAUGGUGUGGGUGAGAGUAGCCCCCCGAGGAGUUGGCCCCGAAGAAUGGGUAUUGGUUGAACCCCACGCCGAUUGCCCCCAAGUGGAAGUAGCACGAGGACUAGCGGCGGUCCGCCGGGGGAGGGUCCCUGUGAAGGUCCGAAAUGACCACCCCUAUCCAGUACACUUACACCGACACCAGCGGCUGGCCCGAUUAACGGGGGUUGCACCCCAUCAGGUGAGGGAGGAGAGAGAUGUUAGUUUCCGUCAGGUGUGCCCCACCGUCAUCGAGGUGGCCCUGACACAGAUGGAAGCCCCCUCGAACAACGGGGGGAGGGACGUGCCGAGACACUUGGCCGGUGAGUCCCUGCAAGGGGAAGAGUUGGAACAGGCGCAGAC